AUGGUUCCUCAUCUUACGCCUCCUCCAACGCCUCCAACGCGAACCAUUCACUACGCGUGCCCUCACCUUCCUAAUGCGUGUUUAGCUAGCCUUUCACGCACACCGCCUCCUGAAGCCGCAGCCGCAAGACUCGUUCAUACACUGCGCCAGGAGGAAUCGAGUGUUCUGAGCUUGACCGCCGAUGAGCGAUUUAUCUACAGCGGAAGCCAGGGGAUGGAUAUCUACGUGUGGGACAGGCACACAUUUUCGCACACGGCGUCGCUCCAGGGCCAUACAGACUCGGUUUUGGCACUUAUCCACUCUCCAGAGCGACAAUGGCUAUUCUCGUCAUCCGGAGAUUCGACAGUGCGGACAUGGUGCACGCAAACCCUCUCUCCAUUAUACACGAUUGUCCCACACGGUGAAUCAGGUGACAUCUUCUCCUUGUCAUACGUUCAUACUCCGACCCAACAACGCCUCAUCUUCGGUUGCCAAAACACCUCCCUCCAAUGGGUCGACUUGUCACCAUCUACUCUCCAACCACCCUCUUGUCAGGUUGGAGUCGGUGACGUCUCACCAGCAGGAAGUAUUUACGGGAGCUUCAGUUCCAAUGCAGGACUAGACAACGGCACACCAAGCCAGAACACUCCCGGCGCCCAGACGCCAAUUUCGAGCUCCACUCCUCCAAAGCAUAAAUUCUUUGACAGCUUUCCUCAGCCUGCCGGAAGGCCCACGGCCCCUCAGAGGCCAAGCACUGCCGUAUUGACCACGGCAUCCAACUUGUCAUUGCAGCGGCCUUCAACCCCGAUUGCGACUCCCAAAAUCAAUAAACCCACAAAUUGCGAUGGUGUAAACGGGGCCAAGGUGACAGAAAAGGACGAGGAUGGGCCUCGCAUUAUUACCGUCCCGCCAGAACAUGUCGUCAACUCUGCCCAUUAUGGAUAUAUUUACUGUAUGGCGCUGGUUAGGGAUGCAAACGGCGACCAACUGUGGGAGUUACCGCCUGACAACAAUCCAGUCCUACAACACACAUUUUCUCGUGAAGUUCCGAUGGCUUUGGAUCCAACAGCACCAUCAGCCGAAGAGACCGACGAGGACGUAGGCGGCGCGGUUCUGGCCUUGGCCGUACGCGACGGCACUAUUUUCGCCGGUGGACAAGCCGGGCGAGUUGCUGUAUGGGACGUGGAAACUGUUACCCUUGUUAGAGUUCUCGUCGCGGCCGAGGGCGUGGAUGUGCUCUCGCUCUCGGUUCUGGGACAGGAUUUGUAUGCGUGCACAGCGGAUGGGUAUGUCCAUCGCUGGUCUUCCACUUUCCAGCAUACUGCAGUGUAUCAUGCCCACUCUGGUAUAAUACUAUCAAGUAUUGCCAUCGCUUCUAGCGGCGUACUCAUCACUGGCGCUGGGGAUAGCAGCGUCAAGAUAUGGGAGGUUGGAGGUGCAAGGGGACGUAGACGCGGCACUUCGAAAGACGAAUGGCCUAGUGAACCUAUCGAUGACAUCCACGAAGAGGAUGUACUGGGGCUGGUAUAUGAAGAAGAAUUGCAGGCAGAGGGCGCUGAUGACCCUUCAAACGCAUUGAUCUACGCCCUGUCCAAGUUUGUCGCGAUCCCCUCUGUGAGCAGUGCUCGGGAAGAUUGCAAACAGGCGGCGGUGUGGCUGAAAAAGUGUUUCAGUCAACUGGGGGCCGAUUCAUACUUGGUUUCGAGUGCUGAGAAUGUCAAUUCGUUAGUAGUAGCCACUUUCCGAGGUCGUCCACCCGCUCCGGGCGCCCCGCGCAGACCUAGAAUUCUAUUCUACGGCCACUACGAUGUCAUCUCUGCUCCCCCACUUGGCUGGGUAUCCGACCCGUUCAAACUAUCUGGACACAACGGCGCGCUGUACGGGCGUGGUGUUUCGGACGACAAAGGGCCGACGCUAGCUGUAGCAUUUGCAGUUUCAAGUCUUUUGUCGAGGCGAAUGUUGGAUGUGGACGUCGUGAUGUUGGUCGAGGGCGAAGAAGAGGCGGGAAGCGCUGGGUUUAAAGGGUUAUUCGAAAGCGUCAAGGAUCGCGUCGGGGAAAUUGAUUGUAUUCUUGUCAGCAACUCUUUCUGGAUCGACGACGUUACACCCUGUGUUACUUAUGGUCUUCGAGGAGUCGUCCAUUCGUCGAUAGAAAUCUCAAGUGAGCGCCCUGAUGUGCAUUCUGGUGUUGAAGGUGGAGCAAUAGUAGAGCCAAUGAUUGAUAUGGUCAAAGUGCUGGCUACCCUCGCGAGUGGAUCUAAAGUUCUUAUUCCCUCGUUCUACGAUAAAAUCCGCCCUCAGCCCGAGGAGGAACGUCUUCUCUACGAGAAGAUUGCAGAAGUUACCAAGACCACCCCUGCCUCCAUCGCAUCCAGAUGGAGUGAACCGUCGCUGAGUAUACAUAGCCUGAAUGUCUCGGGCCCCGGAAAUGCUACCGUUAUUCCCUCUAGCGUCAAGGCUAAAGUCUCCAUCCGAAUCGUCCCAGAUCAGGACACUGACGAAAUCGCGACUUCUUUGGUCAAUCAUGUGAACAACGCAUUUGAAGAGCUCCAGUCGCCUAAUGUUUUGAAGGUUCAAAUUGACCGCACCGCAGACUGGUGGCUCGGAGAACUCGACGACGACUAUUUCCGUGCGCUAGAGGAUGCAGUACGAAACGAAUGGCAGGUCGAACCACUAAGGAUUAGAGAGGGUGGUUCUAUUCCAUCCGUUCCUUUCCUUGAGAAAGCCUUGGGCUGUCAUGCACUGCACCUUCCAAUGGGCCAGAGCUCUGACCAAGCUCAUUUACAAAAUGAGCGUAUUUCGGUUAACAAUCUGCGCAAGGGGCAAGCGGUUGUCGAACGUUUCUUGGCUUCUCUUGGAAAGCGCGAGCUGAGCUAA